AGGUAUGACUUCAAUUCUGUCUAGACAGUGAACUUGGCUGUGUUCCUCUAAUACAGGCAUGGCAUAACUGAGCAUCUCUGGUAUCUGUUUGAAGAGGACACUGUUGGGGGGCCCAGGUAUUUCUUUUAUAUUUUAUAGUUUUAGAGGUGUCCGGACUCUGUAAUGGUCAAAGAUUUCCAGUAGAAGAAGAUGAGACAAGAAUUAAGUGCAUGUGGGAGACUCUGGACCUAGGCACUUCAUGCUUUUGAUGCUAGCUGGGAGGGAACUUGAUAUACAGUUUUACCAACCUUUCUUAGGAAAAACAGAUAUCUUGCAUAUUACUUUGGCCAGAGGAAGAGAUGAGCAAUUCUUUCUUCUGAAAAGUUCAAAAGUAAAUAUAAAAUGUCUGGAAAAACACCUAUCAGGAAGGUUUGUGGGUCUGUGCUUCCAGGCAGAUAUGGACAGAACAUUCUGAAUAUGACCUAACUUGUUCUUGCUAUUGUUAGCGCUUCUAAUGAGUGCUCCAUGGACUGUAUCCAGUUCAGGGGGUUCUACACUAGCACUGUGGAGCAAAACUCUGAACAGCAACCUGCUAUCAGUGAAAAUUUGUCUUCAUCGCUUUCUUUAAAAGAGCAACAGAAAAUGGGUGAGUAUUCUGGACUUGCAAGCAACCACAGCCAGAUGAUUGCUGGAGAUUCAGAAAUUCAGGCAAAGCCUGAGCAGCCUCAUGAAGUUCUUCAGGAAGAUAUCGAAAUGAGCAGUGGAUCCAGUGGAAAUGACUUCAGUGGGAAUGACACAAAUGAAAACUACUCCAGUGGACAUGAUUCUCAUGGCCAUGAAUCGGAUGAAAAUGGCAAAGGUUCAGCAAUGCUCAUGGAAUCUUCAGACUGUCAAAAAAGUUCAAGCUCAAAUGCAUUUAGUCUGAUAAUUGCAAACUCUGAGCACAAUCAAUCUAGCAGUGGAUGCAGUAGUGAGCAGUCCACUAAAGCCAAAACUCAAAAGGAAUUGUUGAAAACAUUACAAGAGCUGAAAGCUCAUCUUCCUUCUGAAAAGAGAAUCAAAGGCAAAUCCAGUGUCCUAACAACACUGAAAUAUGCUCUUAAAAGCAUUAAGCAAGUUAAAGCCAAUGAGGAGUAUUACCAGUUGCUGAUGAUUAAUGAAAGCCAGCCUUCUGGACUCAAUGUGUCAUCAUACACGGUGGAAGAGGUCGAGAAUAUAACCUCCGAAUACAUCAUGAAGAACGCGGAUAUGUUUGCUGUAGCUGUGUCCUUGAUUACUGGGAAAAUCUUGUAUAUCUCUGAUCAAGCUGCUUCUAUUCUCCGCUGUAAGAGAGGUUAUUUUAAAAAUGCCAAAUUUGUGGAGUUCCUGGCGCCUCAGGAUGUCAGCGUGUUCUACACCUCCACUACGCCAUAUAGAUUGCCAUCGUGGAAUAUUUGCAAUAGAGCUGAGUCUUCCACCCAGGACUGCAUGGAAGAGAAGUCUUUCUUCUGUCGCAUCAGUGCAGGGAAGGAGCGUGAGAAUGAGAUUUGCUAUCACCCGUUUCGGAUGACUCCGUACCUUAUCAAAGUGCAAGACCCGGAGAUAGCAGAGGACCAGCUUUGCUGUGUGCUGCUGGCAGAAAAAGUGCACUCUGGUUAUGAAGCACCCAGAAUUCCUCCUGACAAAAGAAUUUUUACAACUACACAUACACCAACCUGUUUGUUUCAAGAUGUAGAUGAAAGAGCGGUACCUCUGUUGGGAUACCUACCUCAGGACUUAAUAGGAACGCCAGUCUUGGUGCAUCUUCACCCGAAUGACAGACCCUUAAUGCUAGCAAUUCACAAAAAAAUACUUCAGUAUGGAGGACAACCUUUUGACUAUUCACCAAUUAGGUUUUGCACUAGAAAUGGAGAUUAUAUAACUAUGGACACUAGCUGGUCCAGUUUCAUCAAUCCUUGGAGUCGAAAAGUUUCAUUUAUCAUUGGAAGACACAAAGUUCGGACGGGUCCUUUAAAUGAAGAUGUCUUUGCUGCUCCCAACUAUACAGAGGAUAGAAUCCUUCAUCCCAGUGUUCAGGAAAUCACUGAGCAAAUAUAUCGGCUAUUACUGCAGCCCGUACACAACAGUGGAUCCAGUGGCUAUGGAAGUUUGGGUAGCAAUGGCUCACACGAGCACUUAAUGAGUGUGGCAUCAUCCAGCGACAGCACAGGAAAUAACAAUGAAGAUGCUCAUAAGGAUAAACCAGAGACUUCUCAAGGUGCCCGUAAGGUCAAAAAUAAGGGACAACAUAUCUUCACUGACAGUAAAGCAAAACUGGAACAGAAAAGAGAGCCUUUUGCAGAAAAACAAAGUGGUCCUGGAGGUGGUGUUAAAGAUGUGACGGGAAAGGAUACUACAGUCUCAGCUGCUCCUAAAAAUGUGGGUACUGAGGAGCUAGCUUGGAAGGAACAGCCUGUAUAUUCUUAUCAACAGAUUAGCUGUUUGGACAGUGUCAUCAGGUAUUUGGAGAGUUGUAACGUGCCUGGUACCUCAAAGAGAAAAUGUGAACCUUCAUCGAAUGUUGCAUCACUGAAUGCUGGUGUUCAUGAACCAAAAACAGCUGACAAUACUAUACAACCCUUGGGAGACCCUGCUGUGUUGAAGGCAUCUGAUAAAUCAAGUGCCCCGCCAGUAGUUGGUGCUCACUUAACCUCUCUGGCUUUGCCUGGCAAACCAGAAAGUGUUGUAUCUCUCACAAGUCAGUGCAGCUACAGUAGCACCAUUGUGCAUGUUGGAGACAAAAAGCCACAACCUGAAUUAGAAAUGAUAGAAGAUGGUCCUGGUGGAGCAGAACUCCUGGAUGGCCAACUUCUUGCCCCUCCAUCCAGCUCUGUGCAUGUAAACCAGGAAAAGGAGUCAUUUAAAAAACUAGGGCUUACUAAGGAAGUCCUUGCAGUGCAUACUCAAAAAGAAGAGCAGAGCUUUUUGAAUAAGUUCAAAGAAAUCAAGAAGUUCAAUAUUUUCCAGUCCCACUGCAAUUACUACUUACAAGAUAAACCCAAAGGACGUCCUACUGAACGUGGUGGCCGUGGACAAAGAAAUGGUGCUUCUGGGGUGGAUCAGCCUUGGAAGAAAAGUGGAAAAAACAGGAAAUCAAAACGCAUUAAACCACAGGAAUCUUCAGACAGUACCACUUCUGGAACCAAGUUCCCCCAUCGGUUCCCUCUUCAGGGCUUAAAUACCACAGCUUGGUCACCUUCAGACACUUCCCAAACAAGCUAUUCGGCCGUGUCUUUCCCAACCGUUAUGCCUGCGUAUCCACUUCCUGUUUUUCCAGCAGCCGGGACUGUGCCGCCGGCUCCUGAGGCUCCGCUGCCUGGGUUUAAUCAGCUGCCAGACUCCAGAAAUCCCUGCCCUAUGCAGCCAUCCCAGUUCUCUGCACCCCUUAUGACACCGGUGGUAGCUCUUGUGCUCCCCAACUAUGUGUACCCGGAGAUGAACAGUAACUUACCUCAAACCCUUUACCACAGCCAGCCAGACUUUCCUGCCCAUUCCAGCUUCUCCUCACAGACAGUAUUUCCAGCACAGCCACCAUUCACUGCCCCCAACCCUUUCCCACAACAGGCGUUUUUUCCAACGCAGCCAUUCCAUUACAAUCCACCAGCAGAGAGUGAGAAGGUUCCUGUCACCGAGGCACGAAAUGAGCCGUCCCGUUCCUGCACUCCACAGUCGGUCGGGCCGCACGACCAGGCUUCCCCACCCUUGUUCCAGUCAAGGUGCAGUUCUCCUCUGAACCUCCUACAACUGGAAGAAACCACCAAAACUGCCGAAGGUGGAGCUGCUGCAGGCUUACAUGGGGCUUUAAGUGAGGAAGGAGCUAUCGGCAAAAUCAUGACAACGGAUGAUUGUAGUGGAAAGGGAUCUUUACCGGCCGAAUCUCCGAUGGAUGCCCAGAAUAGCGAUGCGCUCUCCAUGUCCAGCGCCCUGCUUGACAUUCUGCUUCAGGAAGAUGCGUGUUCAGGCACGGGCUCAGCUUCGUCAGGCAGUGGUGUGUCUGCAGCUGCUGAAUCCCUGGGCUCCGGAUCCAACGGCUGCGGCAUGUCAGGGAGCAGGACAGGUAGCAGCGAAACUAGUCAUACCAGCAAAUACUUUGGGAGCAUUGACUCCUCGGAAAAUCAUCAUAAAACCAAAAUGAAGACAGAAAUAGAAGAAAGCGAGCACUUCAUUAAGUAUGUCCUUCAAGAUCCUAUAUGGCUUUUGAUGGCCAACACAGAUGACACUGUUAUGAUGACUUACCAGAUACCUUCUCGAGAUUUGGAAACAGUUUUAAAAGAAGAUAAGCAGAAAUUAAAGCAAAUGCUGAAACUACAGCCAAAAUUUACAGAGGAACAAAAAAGAGAGCUUAUUGAAGUUCAUCCAUGGAUCCAGCAAGGUGGAUUGCCAAAAACAGUAGCUAAUUCGGAAUGUAUUUUCUGUGAGGACAACGUACAGAGCAAUAUUUAUACAUCGUACGAUGAAGAAAUCCAUGAAAUGGACCUUAAUGAAAUGAUUGAAGACAGUGGGGAGAACAACUUGGUUUCCCUGAGUCAAGUCAGUGAAGAACAAACAUAGCCUUUGAGCCUCUAGUUUUUAAAGCUGCUUCAAAAUUACAGUGAUGAUCCAUAAAGGUUUUAAUCUUGUUUCCAGCAAGAUGAAUCUGGUUCAUAAAACAAAUGUAUUUUUUCUGUUUUAGAAGAGUCAUUUGUGAAAGAAUCUCUUUUUUAAAUGGUGGCAAUCUCUUCCCAGUAAGGACAUUGUUGAAGAUGGUACAGCUUUUCUUU